GCAUCAGAGGCGGUCGGUGUCCCGGGCGGCGCUCCGCCUUGGGGCUGCGGAAGGGCCCCGCUCCGGCCGGGGCCGCCCAGGAAGCGCUUCGCCCGCGCGCUCCCCACACCCGGAGCACCCACGGCCGCCCGGCCUCCGCCCGCUCGCAAGGGCGGCCGGAGGGAAGAGGGCGGCGGGAGGACAGGACAGGCCCCGCUGCGGGGAGGGGGCGACGGCAGCCCCAUGCGACGCGGGGGACCCCGGAGGCCCGGCACUCACCAUGGCGGCGGCGGCGGCGUCUCCUCCCUCGUCCGCGUCCCUCCCGGCCUGGCCUGAGGGUCUCUCGGCUCCGCCCGCCCGCCUGCCCGUCUGCCAGCCACACAAGAUGGCAGCUCCGAGCCACGUCUCCCAGGCGGAAGUGGCGGCGUCACGCACGCAGAGGGCACGGUGCCCCGCCCCUCGCCCUCCCCGCCACAGCCGGCAGGCGGCGCUGCGCCCUCGCUUCCCCCAGCCAGAGAGGCCCGCCUGCCUCGUCCGCUCCUCGCCGUCCGUUUCCCGGGAGACGGAGCCGCCAAGGCCUCCCUCGCCCGCCCGACUGCCUGCGGGUAUGGCCGGAGCGCCGCCGCCGCCGCCCGAAGUCGGGCUGCAGACCCGGAUCCUGGAGAACCAGCCGUAUGACGAGAGCCUGGACGUCAACGAGACGGAGGACGUGGCCAGCAUCUACGCGCCCAGCCCCCCGCAGCCAGGCCCGCGCCCGCCGCGCGCCCAGCAUAAGAGCCUGGCCGAGAACAGCAGCGAGGAGGACGACGAGGAGAUCCUGAAGGACAAAAAGGCCACCCAGCUGGCCUCCCAGCGGCGGUUCAGCGGCAACGAGGUGGAGGAUGAGGACGAGGACUCUUCGGAGACAGACUCUGACGACGACGACGAUGAUGACGACGAGCACGGGGCUCCUCUGGAGGGGGCGUAUAACUCAGCAGAUUAUGACUACCUGCCGGUCUCCCUGGAGAUCAAGGAACUUUUCCAGUACAUCCGGAGGUAUUCUUCGCAAAUGAUUGACCUGGAGCACAAGCUGAAGCCGUUCAUUCCAGACUUCAUUCCUGCUGUUGGGGACAUUGAUGCCUUCUUGAAGGUUCCACGCUCUGAUGGGAAGCCAGAUAACCUUGGUUUGUUGGUGCUGGAUGAGCCGUCGACCAAGCAGUCAGACCCUACUGUGCUGUCCCUCUGGCUAACAGAAAACUCAAAGCAGCACAACGUGGCUCAGCAAAUAAAAGUGAAAAGCCUGGAGAAUGCCGAGAAGAAUCCCAAAGCCAUUGACAGCUGGAUCGAGAGCAUCAGUGAGCUCCAUCGCUGCAAGCCGCCAGCCACAGUCCACUAUGCCAGGCCCAUGCCGGACAUAGACACGCUGAUGCAGGAAUGGUCCCCGGAGUUUGAAGAUCUGCUGGGAAAGGUGAGCCUUCCUACUGCAGACAUCAACUGCAGCUUGGCUGAAUACACGGACAUGAUAUGUGCUAUUCUGGACAUUCCUGUCUACAAGGGCCACAUCCAGUCCCUGCACACCUUCUUCUCCCUCUACUCUGAAUUCAAAAAUUCACAGCAUUUCAAGGCUCUCGCCGAGGGCAAGAAAGCUACCAGCCCUCCCUCCAAUGCCCCCUCGCAGGCUGAAGAGAUGGACAUCCUGAGCCUUACCUGAGGCAGCCGCCUGCCCUGGAAGGAGCUGUUCUAGAGAAUUGCCAGCCUGAAAGUUGCAGGCCCUGAGAUCUUGUUUGGGUCAAAUGCUACUCAGGCUUCCAGGUUUCCUCUGAGGCAAAGCUCCCGUUGGCCCUGUGCAGCACAACACAGCAGGGAUCUAGCUCAAAGGCUGAUGUCCUAGCAGGUUUUCAAUAUAUUUUUCUUUGUGCAGCUUCUGUGAAAGAUUUGCUUCAGUAAAGUUUUGUUUGCAGUGUGACUGCGGAUGGACUUGGAACAGUUU